CCCCCUCCACACAGCGCCCUCCUCCUGCAGUUUCUCUCCGGCCGCCAAAGUAACUUGGAGCAAAGCGGGGCGCACGGCGAGGGCCCAGUGCGGCGGAGGAACCCCGUGCAGACCGCGGCGCCAACAGUGAGCCGGGCCCGGCGGGCCGGUGUAUGUCUCCCCGCGGCCGCGGCGCUCAACUCCCGGUGACUGUGCAGCGCGCGCCGCCGCCUGCCCCGACCCGCGCUGCCGCCGCCCGGCCCCGCACGCACCUCCCUCUCCCGGGGUGACCGGCCUGCAGCCGCCGCCCGAGACACAGCUCCGCACCCCUUCCCCCGCCCUCGCCGCCGCCACCACACACACGCACGCGUUUCUCCGUCUUGUGAUUCUUCUCCCCUCCCGAGCCCUUCAGUGGGGGUGAGAGUUUGUCCCCCCGCCCCAGCUCACUGCCUUCUUCUCUCUCCUCCUCUUCCUCCCGCGCUCGCCGCGCGCCUCUCGCCCCUUCAUCUUAUUUAUUCCUAUUUAUUUGGCGUCCGCUCUUUUCGUCCGCCCCUCUCCCUCCCUCCCCCUGGAUCCCCGCUCUCUCCCCGGAGUGGCGCGUCGGGGGCUCCGCCGCUGGCUAGGCGUGAUGUUGCACGUGGAGAUGUUGACGCUGCUCUUUCUGGUGCUCUGGAUGUGUGUGUUCAGCCAGGACCCGGGCUCCAAAGUGGUCGCCGACCGCUACGCCGUCUACUGGAACAGCAGCAACCCCAGAUUCCAGAGGGGUGACUACCACAUUGAUGUCUGUAUCAAUGACUACCUGGAUGUUUUUUGCCCUCACUAUGAGGACUCUGUCCCAGAAGAUAAGACUGAGCGCUAUGUCCUGUACAUGGUGAAUUUUGAUGGCUACAGUGCCUGUGACCACACGUCCAAAGGGUUCAAGAGAUGGGAAUGUAACCGGCCUCACUCUCCAAAUGGACCGCUGAAGUUCUCGGAAAAAUUCCAGCUCUUCACUCCCUUUUCUUUAGGAUUUGAAUUCAGGCCAGGCCGAGAGUAUUUCUACAUCUCCUCUGCAAUCCCAGACAAUGGAAGAAGGUCCUGCCUAAAGCUCAAAGUCUUUGUGAGGCCAACAAAUAGCUGUAUGAAAACUAUAGGUGUUCAUGAUCGUGUUUUCGAUGUUAACGACAAAGUAGAAAAUUCAUUAGAACCAGCAGAUGACACCGUUCAUGAGUCAGCCGAGCCAUCCCGCGGUGAGAAUGCGGCACAAACACCAAGGAUACCCAGCCGCCUUUUGGCAAUCCUACUGUUCCUCCUGGCGAUGCUUUUGACAUUAUAGCACAGUCUCCUCCCGUCACCUGUCACAGAAAACAUCAGGGUCUUGGAACACCAGAGAUCCACCUAACUGCUCAUCCCAAGAAGGGACUUGUUAUUGGUUUUUGGCAGAUGUCAGAUUUUUGUUUUCUUUCCUUCAGCCUGAUUUCUAAGCAACAACUUGGGGUUGUUGGGGGAUAAACUUGUUGCUGCCUCCUUCACCCCACCCCACUCCUAGCCCUUGCCCUUGACUCCUCUCACCCCCUUCCCAAUUAAAUGGAGUCCAGAUAAAAAUGCCAGAUUGUCAGAGUGACAGCAGCGGGUCUUCGCCUCCUGUGCAUUCUCCUCUAGAGCUCACCUCCGUAAGCUCAGGGUGUUGACCACGGAUGCACAUGAGAAAGAAUAGCGGCAGAUGCUGCCUGCAGUGUCCAGGCCUGAGAGGGGUGGCCUCUCCUAUACAAUACUUACGCCUUCAUGGUCAGGAGAGUAAGGUAGUCAUGUGGAACAUGGUGUUGGCCUGUCAGGUCCAAAAGGGUGAAGUUAAGAAUAGGUAUAAUAUUAUACCACACCCUCUAGAAGUGUAGAAGUGAGCAGGCUUCUCAAAGCUUCAGAUACUAGUUUUUAUUUCAUCAAAUGGGACUGUCUUAAAGCUUUUUUUUUUUUUCCAACAAAACUUGGGCUGUGUUGAAGAAGCCUCUUCUCCCAGAGGAGGGUUGGAUGCAGGGAUGCUAAAUCAGAGGAAGUGUGAAUAUUGAGAAAAGGAUCUGUUGCUGGGGGUGUGAGUACCUCUCACUUUUUAGUGAGCAGGCAGUACACACCUGAGGGUUUAUUUUUUCCUUUGAAUACAGUUCACCAUGGUGCUACAACUUUUUUUUUCUUUUUAGGAGUUCAAAGAGGCGUUUUUAUGAAUAAAGUGACCUUCCCCAAGGCUGCCAAGCCAGGGUUGAUGAGUAGAGAGUGGAAUAGCUUUGGCUACUCCUCUGGGGACAGUCCGUACAAGGAAAGAGAGUCUGGCCAGAGGAGAUGCGAUUUGGCUUUGCUGGAGCUCCAGUGUGCUGUGGCCUUUCCCCAACCCCCACCCCAAAACCCAUGUUCUGCUCCAUGCUCCAUGACCACAGGGGACCCAGACACAAACCCCUGUCACCAGGAGAGUCAGUCAGCACUACUUGGGAGGGCUAAAGGGAAAUUUGGAAUACAAAUUCCAAAGUUUGGAAUAAGAAAUUUAAGUGUUGAUUUUUAUAUCCUUUCCCUUUCUGACACAGCCUAAAGCAUAGGGGGAACACGUGUUUAUCUGUGGGAGAUAAACAAGAUGGAGUCCCAAAGACUUUGACAAAAUAUUUUUUUAAAAAUCCACUAGAAUAGAAAAUACAUUAUUUAGAUAUACUUUAUGCUGAGAGUGAGUAUAUAUGCUUGUCCUAUUUAAACUUGUGAGAAAAAGUGGUAUCCCUUGAUACAUUUAGAAACACAGGGGGUUUAUCUUGUUUCAUAGUAGGGUUUGGGGCAGAAGAAUGAAUACAGGAUGACCCUGUUUAAAGAACCUUAGCAUGGCCAAGGAGGUGGUUCCAGCUGAUUGCCAGGAAACACAAGCUGUGGGAUUUCUCCUGGUGGGGUAUCAGGAACUUUAAAUCCCAAAGCCUAGACAGGGAAUAAUGUCAGACCAAUGGAAAGGUGAUCUAGCCUAUUUUUGCUAUUGCACGACAUCAAUAGAAACCAUGCCUUUGUAAACAAGCAAGUCAGUAAAUGCAAUGAUCAUGUAAUGUGGAAAACUGAAAGCAUUCCAGUUUUAAAAAAAAAAAAAGAAUUUUUUUAUAUAUUCGUUUUUAAGAUGUAUAUGUAAAAAAAAAAAAAAGAAUUCACAUUAUAGAUGGACUUCAUGGAUCGGAAAUUGCUUAGAAUUGCAAGUGGUUUCAAAUUAGAAAAAGAUGUGAGUGGAAGGCAGCUGUGAACGAACUGCACCCUAGAGAGUUGUACGCACGUUGGAAUGUAAGCUGGGCUUACUUACCUGGUCCCUUUGGAGUGGAGGCGACUGGAAUCUGCUCUCACCUGAACCAUGUGACCGGAGUCACCAGCCUCAAAGAUAUAGUUAGUCCUCUCCCCUCUUCUCCCAACAUCUGAGACUUCUCUGGAGUAGCAGAGUCUCAUCACAGAAGGCACCCACCAUUUUCACUGAAACAGAACUUCAAAGCAUUGGAUUUCUUUGCCUUUAUUUAUGCGCUCGAAACUCUCAGUGAUAUCCAGAUGUAUUCUUUUUUAUUAAUAGUUACAGGUUUGUGGGUUAGUGGGAUUUCAGUAAAGGGACAAAAAAAAAAAAUCCCUUCUAAGAUGGAUCAAUAGAACCAAGAUAAUACUGCAUGUACUACAGUCAAGGACACCAAGUGAUCCUGUGGUAAUUCCAGUUAGUCCUAACGACAUUAGCAGUUCUAAUGUCAUUGUAGAAAUGGUGAGUUCAGUGAUUCUAGCAUUUGUCUCUAACAAAUGAUGAAAUAAUUCCUCAUGGCCCUCUCUGCCAUUGUCUUUCAUUCCCCACUGUGCAAUUAGACCCUUUUACUUCACGGCCAUGCCACUGAUGAUUAAGUUUAAAAAAAAAAGAAAAAAGAAAAACUAUCCACGCCAGUAGACAAUAUGCUUUUUACCUGUGACAUAAUCUUAGCUAAUACGCUUGUGCGGAGUUUUCAAGACAAUUGGUGUCAGACAGUUUUUAUCUUGUCCAAAAAUGCGCUGGUGGCUUUUUGUGGUGUCUUUACAAUCCUCUGUGGGCUUAGGAUGUCGGUGCAACUUGGUAGUUGGUUUCAUUUUUAAAACAAUGGAAAAACAGGAAGGGCAGCCCUGGAGCCCCUCAGCCCCAGUUGGUCAAACCCCAGCGACCUUUGCCCCUGGUUGCCAAGGGCUUUGCAACAUGAAGCAGGGAAUAAAGAUCUGUCUGUUUAGUGGAUACUGUGUAUCCUUUAAUAGACCAGGUAACAGUUCGUGUUAGUUUUAGACUAUUGUUUUGUACUGUACUUUCUUGGGUGGCAGAGGAAAGAAAAGUUAAAAUGUUAAAAAAAAAAAAAAAAAAAAAAAAAACCUACGUUCUUUAAUUCUGUAUUAUUAGCAACCUCUGUUGUAUAUAGUGUUUGAUAAUAAAGUAUUAAUUUGAUUCUUAUGUCUUUUGUAAGUGAAAACAGACUUUCAGGAUACAAAACAUGCAUUGAGGCUUUGAAACAUCCAAUGUAUACAUGGCUGAGAAGUCACAAGUGACUGGAACUCCAUACUGGACCACACCAUCUUACAGCUCCAUCGUCUUGGGACCAGAAACAACAGGACUGCUUUGAUUGACAUUUUGUCCUCGGUGUUUUCAAGGUCUGAUGUCGGAGCUCUGUGGUCCUUCCCCUCACCCCAAGCAUGUGGUUUGAAAAGGUUUAGAUAACUUAGAAAUGGUUCUGUACUUUGGUUUGGUUUUCUGUUUGUCAUUCUCCCCUAGGAAGUCUUGUGAGUAUCAAGUGCGGCUCAGACUCAGGAUGCAGACCAGUCCCUUUAGGAAGGCUCAGUGGGGCUGUUUCCCUCUCUGCGUCUUUGUGAAAGGAAGAGUCACAGUACCUGUGGGCUUUCAGGGACUCUGUUUUUCUCCUGUGCCUUAGCAACGGCUGCAGCCAUUUUAUUAGUUUCACAAAAUUAGAAAAACAGUUUUAAACUCCUCCUUACCAUUCAUUGCUCUCAGAGUUGUGGUCACCAGAUUUUUCCUUUGAAAACCACCUCCACCACCAACAUCUCCCCCCCCAUU